AUGCUUGGCGAUAUCUUGGCCGGCCAGCGGAGUGGCAUUACCCCCGCGUGGUCACCCGUAAUAUCUCUGGAGUUUGCAGCAUUCUGGGGCUCGACCACGAGGAAGAUGCGGAAGAAAGUGCGGGGGUUGAGCGCACGAGGGACGUAUAAGAAGAAGGCGAUUUGGAUUAUUGGCCUGGAAGAAGUGUGA